AUGUACGCCAAGGGCGAGCCGCUCGAGAUGUGGGCGUACGUCACCGAAGACGCGACGUUCGCGCACGACCGCGACGACGACGACGCCCGUCGUCGUCUCGUCGCGCGCGAGGAACGACUGCCGCUGUGCGGCGAUGCGCCGACCCUCCCGACCGACGCCGCGGACGACGGCGCGCGGGAAUACAGGAUCGCGCACGUGAUCACGGAGGACGCGCUCGCGAGGAACGCGACGCCGUGGCUGCACGUCUUCUUCGCGCGGCCGGGAUCGCCGAUCGAUCCAUCCGACGCGAGGUACGACGCGCGAGACGUCUUCGGCGGAAGCAUGCCGCUCGUCCGGUAUUACCCGAAGAGAUCGCGGCAGAGCGAGCGUAAGAACUUGCUGACGGGGACGAUGGCGUCGUCGUCGUCGUCGUCGUCGUCGUCGUCGCGGGGCGGCGCCGGUUCGGAUUCCGACGGCGACGACGGCGGCGGCUGGACGCCGCACUUCAAGCCGAACGUCACGGUCUCCAUCGUGGACGAGUUCGCCGCGUUCCCUCUCACGGGAAUGGGCCUCCCGCAGCAGAUGCGAGAGCACAUGCGGUUCGAGUCCGGGAACGCGUCCUCCGCGGACCACCCGGGAGAUUACUACCCCAUCGUCUUCAUGAACGAGUUUUGGCUGCUGCGGGACUACCUCGUGCCGAUCAACGAGACCGUCCCGGCGGUCAACUUGACGCUGUCCAUCGCGCCGCUGAGCCCGUGGAAGUGGCAGUUGAUGCUGCAGAUGGAGAAGAACUUCGAGGUGCAGCGCGCGAUGGGCGCGGCCGGGGAGAAGGACAGCGACGAGCUGAAGAGGGUGCUGCUGGAGGGCAACCCAAUUUUGCUCGCCAUCACCGGAUGCGUGUCGUUUCUGCACAUGAUCUUCGACGCGCUCGCGUUUAAGAACGACGUCACGUUUUGGCGCGCGAACAAGAGCAUGGAGGGUCUCAGCGCGCGGACGAUCGUCUUCAACGCGUGCUGUCAGUGCGUCGUGUUUCUGUACCUCUUGGACAACGACACGUCGUGGAUGAUCUUGCUCAGCAGCGGCGUCGGAUUAUUGAUCGAGUUUUGGAAGAUCACGAAGGCGAUGGACGUGUCGUUCGACGCCAACGCGUUCCCGUACGUGACCGUGAAGGAUAAGCACGGGUAUCGCGCGUCCGACACCGCGAAGCACGACGAGGUCGCGAUGCGGUACUUAUCCUACGCGUUGUAUCCGCUCGUCGGGUGUUACGCGGUGUACGCGGUGUUGUACAACGAGCACAAGGGCUGGUACUCGUUCGUGUUAAACGUCCUCGUCGGCGCGGUGUACCUCUUCGGAUUCAUAACGAUGACGCCGCAGCUGUAUAUAAACUACAAGCUGAAGUCCGUGGCGCAUCUUCCGUGGCGACAGAUGACGUACAAGUUUUUGAACACGAUCAUCGACGACUUGUUCGCGUUCGUCAUCAAGAUGCCGUUGAUGCAUCGCCUCAGCGUUUUCAGAGACGACGUGAUCUUCCUCGCGAUGCUGUACCAGCGGUGGAUAUACAAGGUGGACAAGACGCGCGUGAACGAGUUCGGGUUCACGGGCGAGGACGGCGCGGCGGCGACG